UCUGGCGGAUACUUGGUCUGUUAGGCAGAAAAUAAUAUUUUAUGUCAAAUUAUGUAUAAUUUUUAAUUUUUCAGCUUGUUAUGAAUGUUUAAAUAUAACAUACGCAUUCCCCUUUUGUAUUUGUUGCGAUUUUUUACUUUUAAUUUUUUAGUAAAAAAUUAAAAGUACAUACUGAGAAGGUGACUCUGCAAAAAAUUUGGUUGUAGUGGGGCAUUAAUGCUAAUUUUAUGCAUGCGUGAGGUGACAUGCAAUAAUAGAUUGAAGCCGUAUUGAAUGAACACUGCACUUCACGUGAACUUUUUGUAAGGAAUCAAGUUUAGUCCUUAUAAGGCUGCAUUUGUGAAUGACCAAAACACAAAUUGAAAUACUCACCUUGAAUUUCAUAAAUUCAGGCAUACCCUAAAGAUUUGAGUGGUUUUGUGCGAGAGGAGGCAAUUUGUGUUGAAUUUCAGCCCGAAAAGAUGGAAUUCGUGAGAUACAUAUAUGUGAGAUACAACGGAGUCGUCGAUGGUAUACACUAUGUUGGCGGGGCUACGGAGGUCCUUCCCCUCUUAAAUGAAACAGUUGCGAGCCUGAUAUACAGCAUCAACAAUGUGCUGACAAUGCAUUCGUUGAGCCCGAACUAUCAAUUGUAUUAUUUGGCGACCAAUCGAUUUGGAAGGGAGACGAAAUGCGUAAUAAGUGACGACGAUGAUGUGCAAGGCUUGUUGGAAACUGCCGAAUAUCCCAUGGUGUACGUUGAGCACAACAACGACCCGGUCGAAGAAGCGUACAUCCCUACUUUUGAUUUUGGCCAGGCUUCGGGAUACGGAGAUGAUGAAGCACAAUCUAGUCAGUAUGAGACGUCGUAUCAUGCUCGCGAGAGCGCGCCUCCAACACAGUACUUUUCAUGGGAUGGGCAACUGUUGGACGAAUCCGCAUGGAAUCUGAAUGAAAUGUGCGGGAGAUUCAACCAGGUGCGGACGGAUGACGAUUCUGAUGAAGAAGCCGUACAACCUGAAGACGAAGCCGAAGAACCUGAUGACGAUUCUGAUGAAGAAGACGAAGAAUACGAUCCAACGAACGAGUCGGGCACAGAUUCUGCCGCCUCUGAGGAUUUAUUAGACGAUGAUCUGAUAGAGUUCACGGCGACCGAGCGAGCAGGUUGGAUCCGACAAAGUAGAACCCGUCACGGAAAUCCGACGGACUCGACCGGUGAACUAUCUAAUUGGAUAGUUCCGUUGAUUCCAGUGGACGCCACGACUUCGCUCGUUGCUCGCGAGAGUGAGCUGUCCAGAGUUGCUGAUUUGGGGAAGAACUCUUUUUACAACAGUAAAGAAGAAUUGGUCCUUGCUGUUGGCUUCUGGAAUAUGAAGCAAGGGGCUGAGGCAAAAGUUGUACGCUCAGAUCAGGGACGCCUCUAUUACAAGUGCAAGCACUCUGAUAAGUGCAAGUUCGAUGUGCGUGCAUCUUGUCACGGCGGAGGGAUGUGGGGAGUGCAUAAGUUUAAAGAGCACUCUUGCGAAGGGGAGUUGGGCAUUUUGAAACGAAUAAAGGCACAUUCGAAUGUGGUUGCAGCUUAUGUGGAAAAAAGAAUACGCGAUGACGGAGAGGUCAUUAAGCCGAAAUCUAUUAUGUCGGAGUUGUUACGUGAAUUUGGCGUCAGAAUCAAAUAUGAUGUCGCGCUGCGUGCAAGAAAUCUCAGCUUAGAGAAGAUAUACGGUCGAAUUGAUGAUUCGUUCCUUCUUCUGCCCAAAUAUUUGUAUGCCCUAACUCAAGCGAAUCCAGGCACCGUGAUGGAUUUCGAAGUAGACGAAAACAACCGGUUCAAACAUCUGUUUCUUGCUCUUGCGGCUUCCAUCACACCUUUCUUCUUUUCGCUUCGGCCAGUGAUUGUGGUCGACGGCAUACACUUGAAGGGGAAGAACAAUGGCAUUUUGUUCGUCGCCGUGACAAAAGACGCAAACGAGCAAGUUUUUCCGUUGGCAUUUGGUGUCGGGCCGAUCGAGAAUGAUGAGUCAUGGAAGUGGUUCCUCUCAAAUGUGAGACAAACUUUUGAACAAAAUUAA